AUGCAGCUAGCGGGAUUGGUGUCGGUGGUCCCCGUUGCAGCGGCGUCGACACGGCACGUCCAAGCCGUGGCGCCAGAGGCUCUGCGCGUGCGAGUGCUGCGUCAGUUGCGCCAGGCCGUUCAGGAGACGGAUCCUGCGGCUGACGAGGUUGAUACCAGCUCGGCCGACGCCGUGGAGGCGCCAGCACCGGACGCGAGUUGCCCCGACAGCGUCAUGGCGCAGGUGAAGGGCAUCAUGACCCGAUUGACAGAAAUCGGCGGCUACGACGUGGAGCACCCGGACGCGCUGACCCAAGCCAAGCUGCGCAAGGAGUAUCGAGCGCUCGAGCAGCAGCUGGACGCGUGCCUUUCGUCGGAAGACUACGCCCACGAGCUGAAGCGCGAGGAGCUGGCCUGGGAGGAGAAGAACGCGGCCGCCAACGAGCAGGCUCUCCGGGAUGUGCGUCGGUGCUUGCCAGUGCUGGUUCGGUCCACGUCCGAGGCCGUGCUCAAGUCCACCAAGUCGCCGACGGGCAGGCCGCUGCCUCCGGCCAUGGCCCGCCGCUUCAAGCGCACGACGGUGCUGGGGCUGCUGCGAGCUAGCCCCGCCAGUACUGCGCAGAUGCACCCCAGCGCCAUCGUGCACCUCAACUACAUCGGCCUCAACCUGACGGAGCGCAGAGCACUCCACGCGCACCUGCGCCAGACAGCGCAGCUUUGGGAGGCGAGUCCACGAAAUGCACUGACCCAGCAGAAGAUCGACUGGUACAGCGGUCUCGUGUACGAGUUGAAGCGAGCUAUCACCAGCUACGACAAGCACAUGGAGCGGAACGGCGUGCCGGGCAGUCAGACGGGCACCGGAGACCUCUACGAGGAAGACCUUGGAUGGCCUGAAGGAGAGGUGUACGCGGAUGCAGUUAGCGCUGUGAAGUGCGGAUUACCCGUCGACGAGACCGCGCUCCACGCUAGCACCUAG